AUGCCUCAGACCAGCAAAAAGACGGGCACCAAUGUCCAGAAAGCGCAUGACAAGGAGUCGAAACGAGCACGGGGUGCUAUGUCUUGCGCGGAAUGCCGUAGGCUUAAGUUGAAAUGCGAUAAGACUGUGCCGUGCUCAAGUUGUAGACGCCGGGGUUGCGAGUCUAUAUGUCCGAACGGAAGCCUGAUAACAGGUCAAGGGACUAGGUUCGUUCUGGCAGAUACAGAGAAACUGCAUCAAAAGAUAGGCCAAAUGAGCGAUCGAAUUCGCCAACUCGAAGACGCGUUAUUCGUUUUGCAGUCUUCUCUCACCAGCGAAACACACCCUCUUCUCACUCGAGACUUGCUUCAAAUCAAGUCGAGUAUUGACCUCCAUUCCGCUGUGGAUAGCCAAGACGGCACAGUUGAACAGGAAGACAUCGACGAAUCCCAAUAUAUAGACUCCUUUGGGACGCUCGCCAUCAGAGAUGACGGGGCGGCAACAUUUUAUGGCCGCUCUGCUGGUUCAGAAGAUGAGGAAGCAUCUCCGCCCCCUGAAAUUGCCCCGCAGAGUAUGCGGAAUACACCCACUUGGCAGAAUGCGCUUCCCUCGUCAAUCGCCGAGCUAUCUAGCUCGUUUCCGUUUGCAGGCAACUCCUCAGGAGUCAAUCUAGAACAAAUGGUCGACGAAUUUCUGCCUCAGUGGGGCGACGCUUGGCGAUUGUGCGAGUUUUAUCUAGAGCAGGCACCCUGGUUUUUCGGAGCAGUCACCAAACGCCAAGUACACGAAGAGAUUCUACCGCUUUGGUACUCAGAAGCCGCGUGCAUGGCUCCAAACACCUCCUUUCCUCCUCACAACCAGCCACAUAUGCAAAAUGCAGGCCAAUUCGCAGCUGCGUCGGUGCCAAUUCCCAAGGGCACCGCGCAUGAUCUCGCCCUCUUAUUCGUGAUAUUCUGUUUCGGGGCAUUGACUGAUAACGAACUCCCACCAGCCCCCGACAACCCAAUUGCCCAUCAGUAUUUUCAAUUGACUAGAGCAGCGCUCUCUAUGGAACCAGUCAUCGACCGCCCGCCAUCAGUAGCAACCGUACAGGUGUUGUCGCUGAUGGCAAUUUACGAGGGCCUAUGCAGCGGCGAGAACAGUAUCGAAAGGACGUGGGCCCUUAUGGGCCUUGCUACGAAAUUGGCACAAAGUAUUGGACUCCACAAGGACUGCGCCCGGUUCAAACUUUCUCCUUCAGAAGUUCAGAAGCGACGUGCCUUGUUUUGGGAGCUAUUCAUAACAGAUUGCUGGCAGAGCCUUGCCACAGGACGCCUGCCUUCGUUCUCUCUCCCUUUCGUAGAUUGCGAACUCCCAUCUGAUCCCGAUCAAACUAUGGCAGCCGACGGUUCAAUACAACCCAGCUUCCCAUUCUGGAAAGCUCGUUUUGGGGCAGAAUGUGUAUCAGCAGUGGUGCAAGGCACAUUAACGUCCCGCGCUCCCAAGUACUCGAUCAUCCUCCAGUUGGAUCGUAAGAUCAGGGAUAUGACCUUACCCAAGUACUCGCUGGAGCCUCCGCCCCAAGGCCUCGGGCUAUCCCAAACCAUGCAGCACUUCAUGCCCAUCAACUAUCGAGAACUCACGCUAUUGUACGUGCACCGCUGCUUCUUCGCCCAUGCAGUAUCAAGUCAUCCUAGCGACCCAUUGAAGAGCCCAUAUGCUCCAUCCUUCUUAGCUGGCUAUCGGAGUGCAUGUGAGCUCAUAUCGAGUUUGGCCAUGCAGUUCUCCAUGUUCCCCGCGCAAAUAGCGCGGUUCUGGGUUCUGUGGACGCAUGCAUUCUCUUCGUCUGUGAUGCUUUCGUCGGUUGUCAUCCAUUGCACCAAGAAUAAAGUUGCUGCUGCCGCCAUCAUUGAGCUAAAGAAAGCACACGAACUUUUCGAGAAAGCCUCACACUACGGUGGGCGGGCAGUUAAAUUCUUGCCUAUCAUUCAACGGCUUUGGUUGAAAGCACAGAAGAUCUAUCAAGACGCACAUAAUGGCAUUCACCAUCCUGGGUCGAACGAUAUCUUCACCUUGUCUAGUGGCCAGAAGCCCGACGAACUUUCCAUUUUCGGUGGAAAGACACAUUCUAUCGUGACGAAAGUCACUUCGCCCCAAACUACCAGUCAAUCCCCGGCUUCGUCGUCAAGGCCGAACUCGACUUCUGCGCACGAAUCCAUUACAAGCAACCCGGCGUUCUCUGGCAUGCAUCCCUCCCUUGCUGAGCAAAUGCAUAGCUUCGAAUCGCAUAUUCAGGCGCAAAUUCGAGAUGCGCAGCACGUUGUGCAAGACGAUACUGUUCCCGCUCCACUGCACCAGCAUCAGUAUUCACACCCGUCUCACCCCCCGCCUCAACAUCCACACCAGCACCCACCUCCACAUCAACACCAGCCCGAACCUCAACCUCAACACCAACACCAACAACACCAACAACAUCAAUACGAGCAUCAACAUCAACAUCAACAUCAGCCUACUGCGGUGCGCGAAGCUCAGCCGCCCCCGGGACAGUUCGCAUACUCGUCCCAAGCAAAUCCUCCCCCAGCGCCCCCGCAGCAUCGUUUGUACCACAACCAAUACCAGCCAGGGCCCGUUGUGGAAACGCACCCUCUACCAGCGAUGUCUAGGCUGCCCCAGCCACGCGGCACACAAUCGUCCUACCAGCAUCCUGAAUCUCAGACAUCUACGCAUGCGCAUCAUGUCCACCCAUCUCAUCCCCAUCCAUCUCAUACACGACCUGUACCUCGCCCGGCUCCGGCAUCGGCGCCCAUCCACAACCCUCCUCCGGCGAUUUCCCCAAGCCAAAUAUAUCACCAGCAUGAGCACCACCAUUACCAUCACCCCCGCCACGUUUCUUACGAAGAACAGACCCUUCCACCCCCACCUCCCUAUGAGCAGGAGGAUGUUAACCAACUCCACGCUCCGCAAACAACUUACGAUGCAAAUCGCUUGCAACAUGCUAUCCGGUCCGAAUACCAUGAGCCGGCACCAGCUCUAGCUAGUGCAUCGACGGUAACUUACCAACAUACUGCUCCACCUGUUACCGCACACUACUACCAGCCCCAAGCCCAACCCCAAGCCCAACCCCAACCUCAACCUCAACCUGAAGCUCAACCCUACCAUCCACCGGAAGAAGAACAUCGAAACACCUAUUAUAACCAACAGACGGAUUAUCAUGCUCAACCUGCUAACCCUCAUUCGCAACCGCAAGCACAGGCGGUGUCAGAUGGAUAUACAUACGCAACACGCCAAGAGCCAGAGACACGACAGACAAACUACAGCCACUCAACUGAUUAUGGAGCGGAAGCAACGGCUUACCCCUCUCCCCAAUCCGUGGGGGAUCCUCAAGCUCAACCACCGUCAGCGGUCUCGGAGCAUUGGCCUGUCAAUCCUGCCGUUCAACAGUACUACGGCCAUCCGGACCAUACCACCGCUCAGAAUGCGUAUGCUUCUCAGCAUUACACGCCCGUCGCGGCACUCCAGGGGAUUGCUGCUGAUGAUAAUAGCCUACAAGAGACUUGGCUGUCGUACAUGAACCAAGUCGGAUCUCCUCGCAAUCUCUUUGAUGAUUGA